AUGGGCCGAGAAGACCCAAUCAGUUUCCAACAAGGUCUCUCCUGCCAUUUUCUUUUUUAUUCGAUCCUAUUUUACUUUUUCUUUGUUUUCGCCCAUUUUUCUUUUCGUCUCUUUGUUUGUAUCGUUUGCUCCUUUCAUUCCUAUCUCCUCACACUUCUCUUUUUCCCUCUUUCCAAUAGCUUAUUGAAUACUCCGCAUAUUUUUCUCCUCCUACACUUUCUUCUUCUUCUUCUUCUUCUUCUUCUUCUUCUUCUUCUUCACUUUUUCUUUGAAAUUGUGCUUCUUACCUGUACAUUGAGAAUGUUUGUUAGCCCAAAAGUUUCCAGAGUUGUGGCCUUAUUCGUUCUGCUUGUCAAUUCUUCAUCCAUAGACAGGGUCGAUGUUAUGGGGAUCCCAAGUAAACAAACUUAUCUACUGUUUUCAGAGAUUCACCACCAAAUUUUGUCUCAUUACCUCUGUUUUCUUGACGCUAACUGUCAACCCGAAGAGGACGCAUGGUUCCGCUAUGCGAUCGGUUAG